UUAGAAAAGAAUGGUCCAAAAUAUCGUGGUGUAUAUAUUAAUGAGAUGAUAUGUCCUAUAUUGAGAGGAAUAAAAGAAAUUAAUUCAAAGUCUAUCGAGUCAACUGAGCCAUCAACAACAUCAGCAGCUACGGAAUAUACUUCAACCGAAUCAGCCGAACAAGUGAUUACAAAGAGCAUUAAGCAGGUAGUUGCUACAUCAGCUAGUGCUUGUGUGGGAGCUGCAAGCUUAGGAAUGUCUUUAACAGCAAGCGCAUUUCUUUCAAGUUACUGGAAAGAGAGGCCACAUAUAAUUGAUAAUGAUAAUGAAUUUACUUCUGAAGGAAAAUUACCUGACGAUUUUAAUGAGGAUAGUAUUAAGAUUCCCUCUGAGCAACUUAAAUUUACAAUAACAGAUAAAGAAAAGUU